AUUUUGUGUUAAAAACAAAUAAAAUAGAGUAAUAAUAAAAGUGCAUUAAAUAAUCAUACUUUAACUAUUACGUUUGUUAUUCAUACAAGAAUAAAAUCCAGUUACUAAAGUACUAUUUACUGAAGCAGUAUGGCUACAACAGUUAGUAAUCCACAGAAAAAACCUGUUACAUCUAAUAAUGGCCCCACGACGGGAGUACGAAAGAAGUCUGGACCGAAGUUUGAAUUAUCAGAUGAACAAAAAAGAGAUAUCAAGGAGGCUUUCGAUUUGUUUGAUACUGAAAACACCGGGACAAUUGAUACAAAAGAACUAAAAGUUGCAAUACGAGCCCUUGGGUUUGAGCCCAAAAAGGAGGAAAUAAAAAGAAUGAUAGCUGAAAUAGAUAAAGGAGAUGGAAAAGUGACAUUCGAGGACUUCUUGGAUUUAAUGACUGUUAAAAUGGCAGAAAAAGAUACCAAGGAAGAAAUCAUGAAAGCGUUCAAAUUGUUUGAUCACGAUGAAACUGGUAAAAUAUCUUUUAAGAACCUUAAGAGAGUAGCUCGGGAACUGGGUGAAAACUUAACAGAUGAGGAACUUCACGAAAUGAUUGAUGAAGCUGAUAGGGACGGAGACGGUGAGAUAAACCAAGAAGAGUUCCUGCGUAUUAUGAAAAAAACUAGCUUAUACUAAGAUAUAAUGACGAGGAAUGCACAACUAUGUUUGAUAUAUUCUGUACACACACCAUGUAUUUGCAAAGUAUAGAUGUUACAUUACAGUCAAGAAGAUAAUGUGGCCCAUAGAAUAUGUUUUGAUUAUAAGAUAACAUGAGGUGUUUAAUACUUAAGAAUCUCUGAGUUACAUUUUCAAAGUUGCAUCAUCUGAUAACAUGUUAUAAUAAUUUGCUAUCUCUUCAUUAUUGACUAUGUAAAUACAGCCUA